GCACUCGGCCAUUUCCGCGUCUGGCCAGCCGGUGGUGUCACUCAAUAACCCCGAAGACUUCCAAUUAAUCUCAGCGUUCCUCAGACUGUUUAAUAGGGGAGACGGGCAAAAACAGAAACACCUUGUCAUAUAUUUCCUUAGUUACCUGUCCUUUGAACAAGAAAAGCUGUCAGAGAAAUUAUUAUGCUGUUCCAAUGAUCAGCCAUGGAUGAAGAGGACAGCCAAGAUGAUAAGUUCAACCGCAGUAUGUCCCGCAGCAAAGGAAAAGGGGCUGUGUGGGCCAUCUCAGAUGACUCAGACAAUAUUGAAGAGGAAUCUGAAGAGGGAGAAUCUGACAGUGGUGAGGAAGAAGAUGAGGAUCACCUAGAUGGAGAGGAGGAGGAGGAAGAAGGGAAUGAAGAGGAUGAUGGUUGGAGUGAAGAGAACAAGGAAGAAGGUACUAAGCCUGAGGAUGGAGCUUAUGGGGGGACCUCUGCUGACCAUGCAGGGAUGAGCUCAGAUGAGGACUCAGAAAAGUGUCCCAUCUGCCUUAACUCAUUCAGCAGCCAACCUGUUGCAACACCAGAGAGCUGUGAGCACUACUUCUGUCUCGACUGCAUCCUUGAAUGGACCAAGAAUGCAAACUCGUGUCCUGUAGACCGUAUUGCCUUCAAGAGUAUAUACCUAAGGAAAUGUUAUGGAGGCAAAGUGAAGAAAAUGAUCACAGUACAAAAGCCUGAGAAAAAAGGUCAAGAGGAAACAAUAGAUUUGGAGCUGGAGCAGACCAGCUGUGAGGUGUGUGGGAGCAGUGACCGUGAAGACUGCCUUUUGCUCUGCGACAGCUGUGAUGCUGGGUAUCACAUGGAAUGCCUCACACCACCUCUCGACUCUGUUCCUGUAGAGGAAUGGUUCUGCCCCGAGUGUGAAGCCAACAACCAUCGUUCAAGGGGUUCAGUGGAAGAACUUAGGGAUCCAGAAAGCCUACCGUCUACUGCCCGUCCUACCACCAGUCGUACCCAGCCCCGUGCUGCAGGUCCCACCAGAGCCAUUGCCCGGACUCAGCAGAGUGAGAGAGUGCGAGCUAAUGUCAACCGACAUCGCAUCACACAGGCACGCACCUCACAGUUGGCUCCAACAUAUCUUAUGCGGUCCACUUGGCUAGAUGAGACUAUCAAUGCUGUUGUGGCUGGGCUCAACAUGCAUGUACGGAACUUCACAUCUCGUGUCCCAUCUAAGCGCAGGCGCAGGACUAGAAAGCGCAGAAAGGUCAAAAGCAAGAAGACCUCUGCUGCUAAGGGUAAAACAGGUACAGCUGCAAGUACAGGAGUUAAAAAGAGAAAACGGAAAGCGAGGAAGAGUAAAUCCAGAAAAAAGCUGAUGGAGAAAAAGGCAGCCACUCCUCGAAGCCGUAUUGCUAAUAAUCUUGGAAUUGUAAAGGACAAGAAGAGCUCUUCACUUCCUACUGUAUACCGGCCUGCAGAGCACACAAUAAGUAGCAUGCGAGCGGACAUAGGCGCGGCAUCCCUCUCUAUCUAUGGAGAUGCAUUUGACCUGGAUCCAUUUGUGGAUCAUGAUGAGGAUGAGCAGCAGGCCCACAUUACAUCACUGUUGGAGGCCAAGAGACGAGGGAUCUCUCGCUCUGCCCUUCGCUCUCACCAACCUGUAGCUCGACCAGUCACCGCAACCCUUUCCAGAAGCGGUAUGGAUGUCUCCCAGUCUGGGGGUGUUGUAGACGCUGCUCCUGUGCCUGACUUGUUGGGUAGUAUCCUAUCGGGACAAAGCAUCCUCUUGAUGGACAGCUCUGAUGUCAUCAUUAAUCAGGAUGGUUCCCUUAAAGCUCCAAAGCCAAUGAUGCCAUCUGCAUUAAAGCCAAGUACCCAUGAAAACAGUAGCUCAGAAGAUGCCAGUAUCGAGGUCAACCAAGGGAUGUUGUCCAACCUAGGAGACAGUUCUCUGUCUCUCCAGUACAAUGGAGAUCUACCAGGUUCCUCUCAUAGCUCCACAAACAGAACUUUGCCUCAGAGCCCUUCUCAUUUACCCCCCUUCAUGCCCACCUCAGCUAGUCACACCCAACCACCUCCCCAUCCCAGUUCACUACCCAGAGGUCAUCCAGGUUUGCAGCCAUCUUGCCCAAACCCAGACUCCAGCUGCAAGGGCAAGGGAAUGGAUUCAUCACAGUCCCAACCUAAAAAUCUACCUACAAAGCCCAUGUGGGAAAAUGUAUCCAUGCUUCCUAGGAUACCAAAAAUUAAAAGGGAGAAUAGUUCUAGCACAAAUGAUGACACCAUUCAAGGGGGCAGCAAUAUAAUUAGUAGUAGUAGGAGAAGUAACAGUAAUCCUACCACUAGUAGUAAUGGUUAUACCAUGCCUGAAAUGGGCAUGAACAGCCUUGCUGGGGACAAGAGUAGGCAACAAAGUAUAGACCAGCAUAAGGGCGGGGCUGAAGGUCAGGCCCAGAGGCAUAGGUCCGACGGAGCAAGCUCAUCAUCAGCCUUCUCCAACUCAUUCUCCUCAUCUUCCUCGUCCACUGACUCCCCUGCUAGCCAGCCAUGUUAUUCCUCAUCUUCAUCAGCGGUGAGCUUCCGCAUUAAUUCCAGUGGGAACUCCUGGCAUUCAAGGCGGCUAAACAUCCAUUCAUCUUCUUGUAGUGGAGGCAGCAUGCAAGAGCACUGGAAAGAAAAGGAAGAUGAAGCAAGAAAGAGACAGUUGCACAGGGAUAAACAGAAGCUGCUGGCAUCACGUACACUGCCCAAAAAGGAACAAGACAGUAAUAUCUAUGAUCCCUUUAAUCCCACUCUGUCAGAAUCAAGUAGCUCAGAUGGUGAAGAUGAGACCUCGAGUCUGGAAAGCAGCUCCCAGCAUGUUACACUUGAGGAGAAGCCUCCUAGUUUAGGAAACAAGGAUGGGUUAGUGCAAGGCAAGCAGGACCUGGUUUGUGUGAAAACUGAAGCACUGGAGAUUGCGGUUUCGCAGGAGGAAUCAAAGAGAUCUAAUGCUCAGGAAACUACAUCACAAAAUGUCAGGUGCUCAGAGGAACAUAUAAAGGUUGAAAAAGAAUCAAGAUUAACAGAUACUAAGGUUGAGAAACAAACAGAAUUACUUGUCACUAAAAUUAAGAAAGAACCAGGAUUAGAUGAUGCUGGGGAAGUUGUAGAUGAUGCUGGGGAAGUUGAAAGGGGUGUUCACAGCAUAAAAAAAUAUCUGAUUUCCAAGACGGCAGACACCACCCCACCUGCUCAUCACAGCCUGGAUCUUUUAAAGACUGAUGAAGAGACACUAGAUAGGGAGAGUUUACAGAGUGUUGGAGCUCCCAGCAUUGCUCUGUCUGUUUGCAAGAAUGACUCAUCAGCGUCCAGCACUGCUCCCAGCAAAAAGAAACUAAAGACAGAAAUUAACUUGGAUCCGACAUCCAAGUCCCCAUCAGGAGAUGUGGCCCUUAAGAAGAAAACCUCCAAAGCCUCAACGGAGCAACGUUCUAGCAGUUCAGAGACAGACAGAGGCUGGAGAGGAGACCGUCAUGGGGGCCAGGGAAGGAGGCAGACAGAAAAGAAGGACAGAGGAAGGAAUUCCAGACAGUCAAGGUCCAGAGAGAGGAGGAGGGCACAUUCAACCUCAGAAUGCUCUCAGUCCAAUUCCCCUGACAGGACUGGGAGGAAGAGACAGCGGUCUCAUUCACGAUCCAAAGACAGAAGGCGAUCCAGGUCUGGUUCCAGCUCCAGCAGCAGAGAGCAUUCAAGGAAGAAGAAGCAUAAACGGAGGAGCAAAGAGAGAAAUGAUGGCAGAGAGAGAGACCGUGAGAGAGGCAGAGUGCCCAAGGAUAAGAGACGUGGUCGGUCUCGAUCGAGAUCCAGAUCCAGAUCUAGAUCAAAGGACCAUAAACGUGGUCGAUCUUCUUCCAGGUCACGGUCCAGAUCCAGGGAAAGGAGGAAAGAACACGUGCCUCCACAACAACCCUCUGUCCCCUCCAGAGACAAGGUUGAUUCACAAUCAAAAGAUAAGAGGAAACACAGGUCGCGGUCGAGCUCAGGAGAAAGGAGAAAAAACAAAGGAUUAUCCAAAAAUUCACAGAAAACUUCAAGGUCCUGUGCUUUAUCAUCUAAAGACACAAAACUGCUACAGGACAGGAAAAAAGAGAAGGAUAUCGUUCAAAGCUCUGUCAAAGAGGAAAAGAUGGCCAAAGUGACUAAACAGUUGCCCUUGUGUUCCUCCUUCUCUAACAUUGAAAAGGAAGACAAAGACAGCCAGUUCACAAUAGCAGAAAUGCCAAAAGAGGUGAAGGUUGUAAAAGAUGUUAGGAAAGAAAAACAAUCUUUUGAUAUGUUUGAAGAUUCUCCUAUUACUAAACCAAUUAAGAAGGAAGUGGACACCCCUUCUUUGGCAGUAACCCAGGGCAUGGAUGUGGAGGGAAUGGAAGAAGAUUGUAUCAAGACUGAGAUGUAUGAACUCAAGAAUGAGAGUUCUGAAAUCACCACAAUUAAAUCAGAACCUGGUUCCUUAGAAUUGUGCCACUUAUCCCCUGUGACCUCAUUGUCUUCAGUAACCACACCUGACAGUCACCAGAACGCAGUCUCUCAGUCUCACCCUGUGUUACUGGCCUCAGCAGAUCAACCUAAUGCUGCAGGGCUGUCUAUAAAGGAGGAAGUUCAGCAACCCUCAGACCCUGAUGAAGACUUUAGUGUUGAUGUGAUGCUUGACAACCUGGACUACGUGAAAUCUGAGCACACAGAGGGCAGUGACUCAUCUGUCAAGCAAGAGAAGGAAGUGGAGACGGGAAAGAAUGAAGGAGAUCAGGUAUCAACCACUGUGGGAGCUAAAUCCAAGACUCAAGUGAAGAGGGUUACCUGGAAUAUACAGGAACCUGAGGGGCCUCAACCAGAGAAAUCUGCAAGCAAACUGGCUCUGUAUAAAUUAAAACUUAAGCAGGAAGGAGCUCACAGACCUUCAACAGCCCAGACAUCCAGUAAGGAUGUCACUGGAGCUGUCAGUGACCCAUCCAAGAAAGGCGCUGUUGGCUCGCUCUGUACUUUCUCUAGUGUUGAUGGCCUACUUCCUGAAGGCUUAUCAGCCACUGGACAAGGAGAGGCAGAGGAAGGGGAUCUGUCGAGGAAAGACAAGUAUUUGAAAAAGCUGCACAUGCAGGAGAGAGCUAUAGAGGAAGUGAAGCUAGCUAUCAAGCCUUUCUACCAGAAGAGAGACAUCAAUAAGGAUGAAUACAAAGAGAUUCUGCGCAAGGCCGUCCAGAAGGUGUGCCACAGUAAGAGCGGUGAGAUCAACCCAGUGAAGGUGGGCAAUCUGGUCAAAGCAUAUGUGGACAAAUACAAACAUGCUAGGAAACAUAAGAAAGGGGAGGACUUAGGGGAGCUACCAGAGGUACAGAAAACCUUUUGACAGCCCAGGAGGAUGCGUGAAGUACAGGCAAGGACAGCUGAACCCACCCCAAACACUCAUUCAUGUUUUGUUUUGAGUCUUACCAUGGGUGUGAUCUCUGUGAUAUACCCAGUGUUACUGUUAACUAGGUUUGCUCGCCACUUCAAGUUGGAACAUUUUCUAUAAUGACAAACUUUCUAUUUCUAUGGAAUUUUGACAAUAACGUUUUUCACUAAUCACUUGAUUUGCAACUGUCGGUGUCUUGUGCUUGGACUGUUACUGCCAGGCGCUGGUCUUUGUGUGUAGUACAGCUCAAACUUCAUAGGAUGCUUUGAGAUUGUGCCUUAAAGAGGCAAAUCUCAGACGUUCCCAUGAAGUGAUAAAUCAGGUAGCUUUCUCCACAGGCACAUCACCGGGAGGAUGCAGCAUGGGCUUUGAGCUUUUUAUGACUUCUUUCUUUAUGUGAGGGAAGGGGUAUGUAUCAGCGGUAAAGCUCAUUUUGUGGAUUAACAAGAGGUGUAAAAGUAUGCAGAGUAUGCAUAAUACGUUUGUCACAUUAAGGAAAGACAUUGUUAUGCAAUUUUUGUAGAAAAUGUUUCAAUAGGGAAAUUAAACCGUUUUAGAUUUGGUUGUAAAUAAUAUAGAUUUGAUAUAUACACAUACAUAUGCUCUGUUCAUUUAUGUUUCUUGUUUGAAUUUGUUUUGCAUUUGAAAGCCUCUAGGUCUUCCACAUCUGUAAUACCCAUGUUUAAUGAGAUAAAUCUAGUCCAGUGUCCAGGUGAAGUCCACAUCGGCCCAUUGAAAUCAAAGUUGGAGUCACUGUCCUCAGUAACAGCCUCUCCUAUUUAGGCAUGCUUGUUUGUUUUUUACUUUCAGAAGUUCUUUGAAUCUCAGCAUUAUCCUUUUUUUCAACCCAUGACUGGAAUGUAGAAAGCCACAUUUUGGAGAACAAGGUAAUCUUUUUGUUUUUGUGCCAAACAAGUAAAAAAAAAUGCAUAAUUUCCCAGAAUAAAUGAUUUAAUUUAUUUGUUUGAACUUUCAGUUUUUAAAUAAUGGAGAUAUAGAUUUUACUUUGAAGUGAAAAGGAUUAUAAGAAGUAUCUCAAUGGCUGCCCCUCAUUAUCUCAGGUUUUCUUGAUUUUGUCACUGUUUGACCAGGUGCUCUUUUGCAUUUAAUGUUAAUAAAAAGUUUAUUUUAUUGGCAUAAUCCCAUGGCUUUGAGAGAUCAGUUUAGUCCAUAUAUUAGAAUAAUAAUGGGAUAUCGUGUAAAAUGCAGCAAUUUCCAAUAUAGGUGUGAUAGAAGCAAACGCAUUUAGUUGGGAACUUGAAGAAAACAUUCAGUGUAAGCCUUGAAGUACUUGAAUACAGCCUCAUUAUGGCUGCUUUGGCAAUGGGUCCUUAGCCUAAAUCUUCGCUACUCUGCAAAGCUUUCUUUAACAAAAACUCAUUUCUGCUUAUUCUCCAUGCUGUAAUAGCUGCCUACUGUAAAGAUUCAUCGGGUGGGUGGUUGUGUUUGCCUUGUCUUCUGUCAUCACUUUUAAUUUGGCUUCAUAAACCCCUGGACUGGAAGAAUCGAAAGAUUCAGGUGCUCGUUAUCUGAAUGUAUUUCACUUUUAUCUGUGUUUACUUGAUCAAACAGACCAGGUGUUUCUAAGAGGGAACACAAUAAAGUAUGAUAAUUAGG